UAGGAAUACUCAGGAGCUGUACGAACAACAUACUGAGGAGAUGAUGAAAAUAAGAGAUAGAAAGAUGAGUGAGUUCAACAUGAAUUUCAAGAAAUCAUUUCAAAAUGCUGAAGCAAGCCCAAGCAGGACUACAAGAAGUAUUUCAUUAAGCCCCAAGAUGUCGCUAGCCCGAAGUAUGUCAAUUAUGACCGUUACACGCCCGAGGUUUGGUGGUAGCUCAAACAACGCCUUACCGGAACUACCAAUCAGUGAUGAAGUCAUUAACUCUAUAUCAACAUUCUGUUUUCCAGAUGGUCUGAAGGUACACGAGAAGAAACCAGAGAGUACAACUCAUUUCUUUGUACUGACCGAUAUCUCUGGACGUCGAUCAUAUACAACUUGUCUUACACUUUACAGACCCUUUUCCGUGGAAAAGAUGGUUAUAAAAUAUGGCGGACCAAACCUCCACCACUUUCCCAUGCCUUUGUACUCACUAACCACCAUGGACAACAGUUUGCUUCAUGUUUGUAUGUUGUCUUACAUUGAAAGAGACCCAGAGGAGAUGACAACAUUCCUCAAGGAAUAUGCCAAUGUUAUUACACAUAUCCCUGUGCCUCCAGCUGGCCAUUUAGCUGUGAAUUUCAGAUUAUACAAUUUAAAUGUGACUUUGAUGCCUCCAACUCAUCCAGACAAGCCUGUGAUUGACCUUGAACUGCAUUUGGUGUUUCUGUGUUUCAAUGCUGAAGAGUUUCUAAAAAUACUCUCCUGUAUUCUCGUGGAGGAGAGAAUAGUAUUCCUGUCCUCAAAUUAUGCACUUCUCACUCUUAUUAUGGAGUCUGUGAUGAAUCUAGUAUUACCGUUCAAAUGGAGAUUCACGUACUCCACGAUUCUCCCAUCAUCAGCACUAGGAUACCUGGAAUCUCCAGGUACGUUCAUGUAUGGUGUACAUUCCAGGCAUAAAGAAGAAGUAGAGCAGGUUGAAGGUCUGAUUUUAGUAGAUAUUGAUGAAGGAACAGUAUUUAUACCAGAAGAUGACUCUCCAGGUACCAGCAAAAAGCCUAAAUUGCUCAAUUUCAAGGGUAGUUCCUCUGUACCAAGCUUACCUACAGGGAAAUUGCAAAACAUUAAUCUCAUUGAAACUAUACGACCAUUCAAUUAUAACAUUGAGGAUCUCAGACAAAACAAAAAGAAAAGAGUUAUUGCUCAGAAUAAAUUCAUUGCAGAUACAUGCCUGGAGCUAAUGGUCAAUUUAUUCAGGGAUGUCAUAUACAAGUUAAGGUUCGAACAGUUUCAUUUUGAUAAAGAAAAGUUUCUUGAGGAACAUGCAACAGAUAGAAAAUUUUAUCAAAAGGUAUUUCUGACAGACAUGUUCAAGGUAUUUCUAGAAGAGCGUAUGAACGGCACAACUGACUAUUGGUCAGAUCUAGAAAUGAAAACUCGAGGAUUUAGUCAAUCCCGAUCUAUGACCCCAUCUAGCUAUCGCUGUAAACCAAUAGUGCCAUUAGACAAGAAAGAUACAACGGUUUUCUGUCUCAAGGAAAUAACAGAUUUAAAGAUCCAUAUAAAAAACACAAAAAUGCAGAUAACCAAUGCAAUGGAACAUGCGGAUGACUACGAUGACAGAACGUCGCUCCAGUACCUCCGAGCAUUGUAUAAUUUUGCCGAUAACGAUAACAUGGCUGCCAUGCAAGAUUUUAUCAAUGUAUCAACUGCCAAUGUCAGAAUUUUACCAGCCAAAGUUUUAUCCGACCUGUACAGCAGACUGACAGAAGAGGAGAAAACAAAAUUCAUGAAUAUAACAGGUCAUGAGGUCAUUCUGAAUUGUAUAAAAAAUAAAGGAGGGGAGGGAGAGCGUCAGAGAAUCAGAAUGGACCCCAUAGAAGUCCCUGACACAGAUCUAAAUUAUCAUAAAUUUGAUGAGAUUAUCUCAUUAAAACAGAUGUCAAAUGACUACAGGACAAUAAAGAACUUGUUUGAAGCUUUAACACAAGAAACAAACUCAUCCACAACAGGUAGUCAUUCAAAAUGCUCAGAGAUUAAGCAGAUGACCUUCCAGAUAUUUGUGUGUUGUUGGGAGGACAAUCAGAUCCAGUGCAAAAAGGUCAAGUUAGAGGAGAACACACUCUCCGAGGAGGAGACAAUCCUCAAAAUCUCAACACUCAUCAAAACAGACUAUGGUCUUGGUAGAAUGGGGCUCACUGAUAAAAGAUUAUUUUUCCUGAGUGACGUAUCAAACAACUAUCGAGAGAUUGUGAAGUUGAGAGAAAUCAAAGAUUUGGAACAAUCCGAGCAUAGCAGUUUAUUCAGCAUAUUUAGUAGGGUGCAAACACUCAAGAUACACAGAUUAGGAAAGGGAACAAGUCCGUUUACAGCUUAUUUAAAGGAGGAGCGGAAUUGGUGGUAUAUGGUAAUUAGAGAGAUGUGGGCGGGGAAAAUUGUGGCAGAGGCAAUGAAGGACGUAAUGAUGGUACAACAUGCUAUACAAAACACACUUCUCAUUGACGCCAUAAUUGCAAGGUUGCAUAAAUCAAUUCAGAAUUGUCUAUAUAUUGUACAUUGAUUUAAGAAA